AUAUAGAUAGAUAGAUAGAUAGAUAGAUAGAUAGAUAUAGAGAUAAGGAUUAAAAUGUCUUUGCUGUAAAAUAUCUGAAGACUUAUUUAUGGACUGUGCUGUAUCUUUGUGCUACGUGUUCUUAAAGUAAAACGGAACAGUCACACAGUUUGUUCAGUUACAAUGAGAGUUUCUCUUUCAUCGACUGCGUUCAGUCAGAAGUGGCUUGAUUUCACCUGUUUUAAAACAGCUGUUUCCAUAUUGUUGUGUAAGAUGUUUGCAGAAAUCUGCUUUAUAUUAUAUUGUUGUUGUCCCUAAUGGCAACUCUUUCUUUUGUCUCAUUUCUUUGAUAUCGUUUGGUGUAGGCUUCACACACCAGCUGGGCUGAUAAAAAUAAGUGUGCUUCCGAGUGCUGACGUUCAAGUUUUUCAAACCGUUACCUCUCGCUUACAUUAGGAGCUGCCAACACCAGAUGUUUUUUAUUGGUCUUGAAAAGAAUCCCAGUUAGUUAAAAAACAUCUUUUUAAAGCCAUCAAGCUUCCUGAAAUCUUCCCUCAUUUGUCUGACCGUGUGACAUCUCUUGCGUCGGACCACCAGGGCCGGGUGGAAUGCUGGGACCCUCGCGUCCGGAACCGAGUGGGCACGCUGGACUGCGCCCUGAGCAGCCUCGCUGAGGGAACAGAGGUGCAAAGCUUGCCUUCGAUCAGUGCGCUGAAGUUCAACGGCUCCCUCACCAUGGCAGUCGGCACCAGCACGGGACAGGUGCUGCUCUAUGACCUGCGCUCCAACAAGCCGCUGCUGGUCAGAGACCACUUCUACAACCUGCCAAUCAAGUCGCUCAACUUCCACGAUCAACUGGACCUGGUUGUGUCCGCCGACUCCAAGAUCAUAAAGAUCUGGAACAAAGACACCGGCAAGGCCUUCUCCUCCAUACAGCCUCAGACCAACAUCAACGAUGUCUGCAUCUACCCUAACUCAGGUAUGCUCUUCACCGCCAAUGAGGAUCCCAAGAUGAACACGUUCUACGUCCCGGUGAGUGCAGAGACAUUUACACUCCUCACUGCCGACUUUACAAGCUGCACCAGACCGGUCACGUUCACAUCCUGUCCACCAGUUGCUUGUGCUGACACGCACACGCUUUAUGGAGCAGUAAAGGAUAUUUGCAGGCCUCGGUGAUUCAGGGGUCAUCAGAGGACGUGUAAGAGAAAGCAAUUGUGUGUGUGUGUGUGUGUGUGUGUGUGUGUGUGUGUGU